AUCAUCAUCUCAUCGUUUAUCUUCACCAUCCUCUUCGCCAUCCUUCUCAUCAUCUUCGCCAUCCUCUUCCUCUUUAUCAUCCUAGUUCCUCGUGGAACCCAUAUCUGGGUUCACAGAACUCGGUGCUAGGUUCCACGAGGAACCCAACCCGGUGCUAGGUUCCACGAGGAACCCAACCCGGUGCUAGGUUCCUCAAGGAACUCAGUUCUGGGUUUUUCAGCUCCUUGAAGAAGCUAGGUUCUAGGUUCCUAGGUUCCUCGAUGGAAGCUCCUUGUGCUUGUUUCGGUACCGUUAAGGUAAGAGAAAAGAUAUCUUAGUCUUUUCUCUGACAUGCUCUUCGAUUUCUAAUUCUGGUUUUGAAAAUUUUUUUCUGGGUUUGUGAUCUGCUCCACAAACAACCACAAACAAUUGCUCCAUCAAAGAAAAAAAGAAACAAAACCAAAAACAUCAUAUGAUUUCGAAUAGGCAAACGUUAAGAAGACUUGGUUGCUCCUCCAGUUUGGGCCACAACAAGUCGACCUUGGUUGAGAGACAAGCACCUGAGGCGAUGGCAACGGCUGUGACAACGACGUGGGUGAUGGUGAAGGUGAUGGCGCCACGGAUAGCGGGGAUAGCACCAGAAGAAGUAGCGGCGAUGGUGUUUAAAGAAACGAAAAUUGUGAAUCUACUUUUUGCUUAAUUAUCUAAGCCUAAGAGACACCCAGAUCUGGGUUUGAGAACUGGGUUUUUCUCAAACACACACAAAGAAAAGCGCACAAACAUUCAUAGAAGCUGUGGAGCUUUGUGAAUUGUAAUGGCGUCUAUUUUGUAGAUCUCAAAACCCUAUCUUUUCUCUGCGUUUAAAGAUUCUUGAUAUUCUUCUCAAGAUUCUUCUCCGUUUCUCUCAAGAACGAGCUAGCCACUAGUGAGAGCUUCAUUUUUGUUAUGUUUUUUCGAACUCUUAUGGUUGAUUCUUGGUCUUGAUUUUGCUACUUUUCUUUGUCUUGAUGGAACUAUAAUUUUGGGUUCUCUUUAAACCAGUUCUUGCUGGUUUCUGCGUUGAUUUCACUGGCAUUUUGCAUUCUGGUUUGCUACAGAUUGAGUCUCUAGUGAUUUUGGUAUUGUUUCUUUUUGAUUUAUUCGCAUUCAUGUGAUUUGACUUGGUUUGGUGAAAUUCAAACGCGUAUUUGAGGUUUUUUUGUUAGAUUGUGAUUUAGUUUCUCUUUUGUUGCGUUUCAGUGGUGACGGAGGAGUCAUCUGGGUUUG